GCAACCUCUCACCCCAAAAUGGCGGCGCCCGGACAAAUCGUGCAGCUAUUAUGACAGCGGGCACGAAUUUUAUAAAAAUAAAUACGUUUAAUGCACAGUAUUUCUUGGUCCAUGUUUGAACAUCAAUUUCUCCGACUGUAACCAGUUUCGCUAUGCAAAUUGUCAAGUAGCUUACAAUUGAUUUUCGUUCAAAGUGAAUGUAUUACUGCCACCGAGUCUGCAAGCCUGUGUAGGGUUUAUUAACCUCAAUGGCAACAAUGGCGUUGUCUCAUCUGAAACAGGGCUCUAAAACACCCUGGUUUAGACGCAUUUUGGAGUUCAAAAUGUACAAAAGGAAGAUACAAGGCUACAGCAUAACGCAGACAAUGCUGAGACACCGAUGGAUGAAACAUCUCCCCGUGUUCUCCAGCAGUGUGCAGCCGAUCAGCACGCAGAGCGACAAGGAUGCUAUUGAUUUAUCCAAGUUCCCUGUGGAAAGAAUCAGAAAUUUUAGCAUCAUUGCUCACAUUGAUCAUGGAAAAAGCACCCUCGCUGACCGGCUGUUGGAGAUAACAGGGGCAAUAGUAACGACGGAGAAGAACAAGCAGGUGUUGGACAAGCUGCAGGUGGAGCGGGAGAGGGGCAUUACAGUGAAGGCCCAGACGGCCUCACUGUUCUACACCCACAAGGGACAUCGCUAUCUCCUUAACCUCAUUGACACACCGGGUCAUGUUGACUUUAGUUAUGAAGUGUCCAGAUCGAUAUCUGCUUGCCAGGGUGUUCUAUUGAUUGUCGAUGCCAACCAGGGCAUUCAGGCCCAGACUGUGGCUAACUUCUACCUCGCUUUUGAGGCCGGGCUGACCAUCAUCCCUGUCAUCAAUAAGAUCGAUCUGAAAAACGCAGACCCAGAGAGGGUCGAGGCCCAGAUCGAGAAGGUGUUUGACAUUCCACGUGAGGAGUGUAUACGGAUUUCAGCUAAACUUGGAACCAAUGUUGACCGAGUGCUUCAGGAGGUCGUGGAGAGAGUCCCUGCGCCGACGGCCUCUAAGGACGACGUCUUCAAAGCGCUGGUGUUCGACUCGGGCUUCGACCACUACCGAGGGGUCGUGGCCAACGUGGCCGUGUUCGGGGGCCGGGUGCGGAAAGGCGACCGCAUCGCUUCGGCGUUCCUUGGGAAGAGCUACGAGGUGCAGGAGCUGGGGCUUCUCCGGCCGCACGAGCAGCCCACAGACGGACUGUACGCCGGGCAGGUGGGCUACAUGGUGGCGGGGAUGAAGGACGUGAAGGAGGCUCAGAUCGGGGACACGCUGUACCACCAGCAGCACCCCGUGGACGCCCUGCCCGGGUUCAAGCCCGCCAAGGCCAUGGUGUUCGCCGGGAUGUAUCCCAUGGACCAAUCAGAGUACACAGGCCUCCGCAGCGCCAUAGACAAACUGACGCUCAACGACUCCAGCGUCACGGUGCAGAAGGACAGCAGCAUGGCCCUGGGAGCAGGCUGGAGGCUGGGCUUCCUAGGCCUGCUCCACAUGGAGGUGUUCAACCAGAGGCUGGAGCAGGAGUACAACGCCAACGUGGUGGUGACGGCCCCCACCGUGCCCUACAAGGCCAGGCUGUCGUCAGCCAGACUCAUCAAGGAGCACGGUAGCGAGGAGAUCACCAUCGUGAACCCGGCUCAGUUCCCGGAGCGCUCGGUGGUCUCGGAGUACCUGGAGCCCAUGGUGGUGGGAACCAUCCUUACCCCGGACACCUUCACCGGACAGAUCAUGAGCCUCUGCCUGAAUCGCAGAGCGACCCAGGAGAAUAUGUUGUACAUCGAUGAGCAUCGAGUUAUGAUGAAGUACAUCUUCCCUUUGAAUGAAAUCGUGGUGGAUUUCUACGAUCUCCUCAAGUCCUUGUCGUCCGGUUAUGCCAGCUUUGAUUAUGAGAAUGCAGGCUACCAGGCUGCUGAUCUGAUCAAGAUGGAUAUUCUGCUGAAUGGGAAAUCUGUAGAGGAGCUCACCAUGAUUGUGCACAGACAGAGGGCCUACAGCAUGGGCAAGGCCAUGUGUGAGCGUCUCAAAGGCUCCAUACCCAGGCAGAUGUUUGAGAUCGCUGUCCAAGCAGCCAUCGGGAGCAAGGUCAUCGCCAGAGAGACGAUAAAGCCGUUUAGAAAGAACGUCCUCGCCAAAUGUUAUGGCGGGGACAUCACCCGCAAGCUGAAGCUGCUCAAGAGGCAAGCGGAGGGCAAGAAGAAGAUGCGGCGCAUCGGGAACAUUGACGUUCCCAAAGACGCCUUCAUCAACGUCCUCAAGAGGACCGACAAGUAGACUCGUGCUCUGAGGGGCUUAAUUAUGGAAGACCAGUGGGAGCGUCUCUGACCCCAAUAAAUGACUAUACUGCUGCUACAA